AUGUCAAGAAGCAUCGUCGGUUUCGGCAUUUCGCUCGUGGAAUCUAGAGGCCGAGCCAUGGUGAAAAGCAUGAGGGUGGGCAUAGCACUGGGCGAUUCGAUUGUAGCGAUCAAUGGAGAGCUUAUCUCAGCAGGCAAGGAAGGAAUCAUUCAAGAAACAACGCAGAGAUUGCUGAGUGGGACUCCAGGAAAAGCGUUUGAAAUCACCUUUGAAGCCUUCGACAGGACCAGAAGGAACACGACGUUGCUUCAUGUUGCGGAAGAGAUCUUCCCCUCUAGUCAAAGGGUUGAAGAACAAGGAUUGAGGGUGUCGACAGGCAUCGUUCUGGAGGGAUGCGAUGAGUUGAAAGAUGUUUCAUGGACGGUAGAUCGAAUUCUUCCAGGAUCGUCGGCAUACUUCAGCCAGAAGAUCUUCAAAGGCGACCGAAUCAUCUCGAUAGACGAUCAGAGCGUGCUUUAUCUCUCAACCACGGUCAGGGACGUCAGCCGUGAGGAUCAUUUGACGCGAGACGAGGGUGAAAGGGUUGUCCUCAGGCUGAUGAGGUUGAGGAACGGAUUGGAGAGAGAGGUGAUAGUCGAAUUGGUCUGCUUGCGCACUGUAGAGCUUGAGGAUGUUGAAAGCGUGCUCAACUAUCGUCGAAUGCUAGAGGAGCAGCGAGCGAUGAUCUUCGUGAACAGUUUCACGAAUAGCAUGCAGGGUUAG